ACGAAUCGAACAUCGCCUCGGUGCUGGUUGGAUUGCAGUAGGAGCAGCGAGAGUGGAGAGGGAGAGAUGAAAAUCACUGCCCGGCCACACGACAGACGCGCCACGCAUGAAGAACUUUUAGGGCCGAGGCGACAUUGAAGGGCUGUCAUAUCUUGGGUGGAUACAGAGAGCGCCCAUGGUGUUGUUUAGAGAGCUUCCCACAUUAUUUCUCCCGUGUUUUCCACGAAGUGAAGGAGGUGAAAACUACCCGCCGCCAUUUUUUUUGGAAGUGACUGACUGGGAGUGGAGAGUUAGCUGUAAACUGGCCACAGCUGAUUUAGUUUAUAUUCCCUGUGAGUCAUCACCCUCAACACUGUCAGCCCGGACUGCCUGGAUACUGUAAAUACACCGACUCAUCUUCACUAUACGAGCUGUCGAAGGUCCAAAGGAAUAAACAAGAAGAGAAUUUGUUUACAAAUUUCUCCUGAAUCCUCACUAACUGUUCCUCCCAGGAUUGCUGGUGUGGGCUAAGUUAGCCACAUUAGCACGCUGAGGAUUUCUCCUGGAGUCCGAUCAAACCUGGCCUGGUGGACGGGUCUCCAUGCGUACACUGCCUCCCUCUGGCAGAUGAGUAACCAGCGGGGCCUGACGCGUCGCAGUCGCACGGCCAGAUAGUCCCCUGCGAGCGCGGCGCGUCCCCCGGCUCGCAGCAUGCCCUCCACCAGCCGGGCAGGGAGCCUGAAGGACCCCGAGAUCGCAGAUCUCUUCUUCAAGGAGGACCCCGAGAAGCUCUUCACAGACCUCCGUGAGAUCGGUCAUGGCAGCUUUGGCGCGGUCUAUUUUGCACGGGAUGCGCGUACUGCAGAGGUGGUGGCCAUCAAGAAGAUGUCCUACAGUGGGAAACAGUCUAAUGAGAAAUGGCAGGAUAUCAUUAAGGAAGUCAAGUUCCUCCAGAGAAUACAACAUCCAAACAGCAUAGAGUAUAAAGGAUGCUACUUGAGGGAACACACAGCAUGGCUGGUCAUGGAGUACUGUUUGGGCUCAGCCUCUGACCUCCUUGAAGUUCACAAGAAGCCCCUUCAGGAAAUUGAGAUUGCAGCAAUUACACAUGGUGCUUUGCAGGGUCUUGCAUACCUUCAUUCCCAUAAUAUGAUUCACAGGGAUAUCAAAGCUGGGAACAUCCUGCUGACCGAGCCUGGACAAGUCAAACUGGCAGAUUUUGGUUCUGCCUCAAUUGCCUCUCCAGCAAACUCUUUUGUGGGGACACCAUAUUGGAUGGCCCCUGAAGUGAUUUUAGCCAUGGACGAGGGACAGUAUGAUGGAAAGGUUGACAUCUGGUCUCUUGGGAUCACCUGCAUAGAACUAGCGGAAAGGAAGCCUCCUCUGUUUAACAUGAAUGCGAUGAGUGCCUUAUAUCAUAUAGCACAGAAUGAGAGUCCCACACUACAGUCAAGUGAAUGGACGGAUUAUUUUAGAAAUUUUGUUGACUCUUGCCUUCAGAAAAUCCCCCAAGACAGACCACACUCUGAGGAUCUGUUGCAGCAUGCAUUUGUCCUGCGAGAGAGGCCAGAAUCUGUUCUGAUGGACUUAAUUUUGCGGACAAAAGAUGCAGUCCGAGAGCUGGACAACCUGCAAUAUCGCAAGAUGAAGAAGAUCCUAUUUCAAGAGGCCCACAAUGGGCCGACCACUGAGACCCAGGAGGGAGAUGAGGAGCCGGAGCACAAUGCUGGUCGCACGGGCACAGUGAGCAGUGUGGGCAGUAAUCAGUCCAUUCCCAGCAUGUCGAUCAGUGCGAGCUCUCAGAGCAGCUCAGUGAACAGCCUUCCUGAUGCUGCUGAUGACAAAAGUGAACUUGAUCUGGAGAAAGACCACACUGUUAUGUCUAACAGUUCGGUCAUACACCUGAAGCCUGAAGAAGAGGAAGUUUACCAUGGGGAUCCUGAAACGCAUCCUCGUCCCUCAGAAGCCCAGGCGGCACCUGCACAGCCCCCGCAACGCAAACACCAUCGCAACCGUGAGCACUUUGCCACCAUCCGCACAGCCUCGCUGGUCACACGGCAGAUGCAGGAACACGAGCAGGACUCUGAGCUGAGGGAGCAGAUGUCCGGUUACAAGCGCAUGAGACGGCAGCACCAGAAGCACCUUAUGGCCCUUGAGAACAAACUGAAAGCGGAGAUGGACGAACACAGGCUGAGACUGGACAAAGAGCUGGAGGCCCAGAGGAACAGCUUUGCCAGUGAGAUGGAGAGACUUGUGAAGAAAAACCAAGCAGCCAUUGAGAAAGAUGCCAAGUCAUUUGCCAAUGAUGAGAAGAAAUUCCAACAGCACAUUCAAGCCCAGCAGAAGAAAGAGCUUAGUAGCUUCCUGGAAUCACAGAAACGAGAGUAUAAGCUACGCAAGGAGCAACUGAAAGAGGAGCUAAAUGAGAACCAGUCCACCCCUAAGAAGGAGAAGCAGGAGUGGUUGUCGAAGCAGAAGGAGAACUUUCAGCACUACCAGGCAGAGGAGGAAGCCAACCUGCUCCGCCGACAGCGCCAGUACCUGGAGCUGGAAUGUCGGCGCUUUAAACGCCGAAUCCUCAUUGCAAAACACAAUGUAGAGCAAGACCUCGUCCGGGAGGAACUUAAUAAGCGUCAAACACAGAAAGAUCUGGAACACGCCAUGCUGCUUCGCCAACAUGAGUCCAUGCAGGAGCUGGAGGUGAGGCAGCUGGGCACCAUCCAGAAAAUGCGUACAGAGCUGAUCCGCUUACAGCAUCAGACUGAGCUCACCAACCAGCUAGAAUACAAUAAACGUAGAGAGCGAGAACUGCGCCGCAAACAUGUCAUGGAGGUCCGGCAACAGCCCAAGAGCCUUAAGUCUAAAGAGCUGCAGAUCAAGAAGCAGUUCCAGGACACGUGUAAGAUCCAGACACGGCAGUACAAGGCCCUGCGCAACCACCUCCUGGAAACCACGCCCAAGUCUGACCACAAAGCUGUGCUGAAGAGGCUGAAGGAGGAGCAGACACGGAAAUUAGCCAUCCUUGCUGAGCAGUACGACCAUUCCAUCAAUGACAUGCUUUCCACACAAGCUCUGCGAUUGGACGAGGCACAGGAGGCCGAAUGUCAGGUGCUAAGGAUGCAGCUGCAGCAGGAGCUGGAGUUGCUAAAUGCCUAUCAGAGCAAGAUCAAAAUGCAGACGGACGCGCAGCACGAUCGUGAGAGGAAAGAGCUGGAGCAGAGGGUUUCGCUGAGGAGGGCUCUUCUUGAACAGAAGAUUGAAGAGGAGAUGGUUACCCUGCAGAAUGAGCGAUCAGAACGAAUUCGCAGUCUGUUAGAGAAGCAGGCCCGGGAGAUCGAGGCGUUUGACUCUGAAAGCAUGCGUCUGGGCUUCAGCAACAUGGUGCUCUCCAGCCUGGCUCCGUCCGACGGCCACAGCCACAGCUUUCCAGGGGCCCAGAGUAGCUGGGGCUCCCAGCAUGGUGCAGGCUCUCAGGGGUCACACUGGGGAGGGCAACAUGGUGGCAGCCAGCACGGUCACCACCACCACCCAAGCCACGGUGGCUCUAUCCAGCAGCCCUGGGGUCACGGCCUGUCUUCAGGGGGACCGCCUCCCUGGGGGCACCACGGGUCUGGAGGCAGUCAGCGCUCAAGUGGGGGAAGCAGUGGGCUACGGAACAGUCCCCAGGCAGUACGGCGGGCCACCACAGGGGGCCGCAGUGAGCAGGGGAUGAGCAGGAGUGCCAGCAUCGCCUCUCAGAUUUCCAAUGGCUCGCACCUGUCCUACACGUAAGAUCCCCCGCUGCUCACCCACAACACUUGUCUUGGCCCAAAAUGCCAUAGGGGAAGGGAUAAAGGGGCACCAUGGUCUUUUUUUUUUUUUUUUUUUUUUUUCUCCUUUUUUUUUUAAACAUCCAUUCCUUUUAUUUCUAGUCCUCAAAAUAUAUAUUUUAUACACAUGGCAAGCACAAAAUGCAUUCACUGUAGUUCCAGUUACAGAAUGUCAGCCAGAAAGGGCACUUAAAUGUUCUGGCAAGUUUGAUCAGCUAGAAUCCAGAAUGACAAAGUCAUUUUUGCAGUGAUGCGAUGUGCAUUUUAGAGCGUGUUAGAUUUGAAUUGAGAAUGUUAGUGAUGGUAAGAAUGAAUAAAUGAAUGCUGUGUAUUGUAUGCAAGUCUUUAUGCAGUGGGUUUUUAUCAUGGUCAGGUUGUUUCGGCUGGAUUCUUUGCAAAGAGUGGGAGUUGAAUGCAUAUGAAUCCAUGUUUCUAAAGAAAUUAUAGGAAAACAAUUGCAAAUAUAUAUAUGGUUUAAAGGUUGGAUAGCAGAAUGUGAAAGAAUCAAGCUUUACAGUGCACUUGAUUUUGUCUAGCGUAGUCUUUUAUAAAGCACUAAUGUUUUAAUGUGUUAAUAAACAGUAUGCUCUUUUUGUGCCAGAACAAAUUUUAACUAUGAAAAGAUACUGUGAAAUGCUAGGAGUAUUAUUUUGAUUUAUUGAAUUAUCGUGAUUUUUUUUUUUUUUUUUGCCAUCACACUUUUGCCAUGCAUUGCCAUCCCUCCACUAAAAACAGUGUGGAGAGCAGGAUGCCAUUUUGCUUUUUGAAAACAAAGCUUAAAACUCUGAUAGCAAGUGUAUGAACAGAUUUGUUCCAUUUCUAUAUGCCAAAAGGACAUAGGUGGUUAUAAGGUAGGUGUGCAAAAUGACUAUAUUAAUGUGAAGGUACUUCAAGGGUCUUGAAAAGUGGGGGUGUCUUGGACUGAAUAUGUAGAAUGACACCUUAAACAGGUUUUGCUAUGUGAAUAUACAUGAGCGUUAAAGCAUGUUGGCACGGUACAACUCCACUCCUGCAUAACAGUAUGGCAAAAGCUGUUGAAGUAUUUUAAUGUUCGUUUUAGUCUUUUGAUUUAGUGAUGCCAAAGGUAACAAUCACAACUAUGCAAAAGGAGAAUAGCCUGUCACAUUCACAUCUUCUUUCACUGAGCUUAACAUCACAGAAAAGCACUUUACCAUCCCUUUCUAGUCUUAGUUGAUCACUACAAUCAUAUACGAGCAGAUCUCCUGGACCUCGGGUGCCCCCUCCUCCCCUUUCUCAGGCUGGGUUUAACAAGAGCGUGUUGUGUGGAUUUUAGGGGUGGGGAGGUCUAGGUUGGGUAGGCUUGAGACCGCUGAAUGUUUUUGCUGGGCGGGUGGGUGCCGCUGCUGUCGUCCCUGCAAUGCCUUGGUUUCUUCCACACCCACCCCAGAGCUCCAGUGACUGCUGCCCACCCUCCAACCGAACACUUGUCACAGCAUGUAGAAAAAAAAGUGAUUAAAAAUGCAAUGGAAAAACAAGGUUAGAUAUCAUAUAAAACAUUAUGGUGGAAGGGUAUACAGCCAGAAGACAGCUUUGAGUGAGAUGUAUAGGAAAACGUUUGUGUAUAUUGUAUAUUUAGAAUUUUAAAUAAAUGAAUAAAUUGAAAUCAAGAGAGAGACCCAAGUUAAAACUAGACUAAAAUUUAAUUGCUUGAAUGUGAAGAUAAAAUAAAAAAUAACUUGGUUUCUAAUAUUGAUUAUUUAAAAAGAGAAAAAAUUAUAUAUAAAUAUAUAUAUACACAGCAUAUUCUCAGAGGUGUCAAGCGAAGCCAAAAAAGAUUUUAUUUUCCCCGCAAUUAGAUUCACACAGAGGAUAUCACUCUUUAUAUGGAUUUUUCCAUUGUCCUCUCUUUGCUGCUUGCUCUCCUUGCUUUCAAAGGUAUCAGUUACCAUUAUUCACUUGUGCCAGUACUCAUGUUCUGUUAUCUGUGAACCAACAGUGAACUUUCAUCUUCUGAAACAUAAAUGCCAUUGGUUUUUUGUUUCGGGCAAAAAAGAGAAACAUUUACAACUGCCAUCAUGCCUAUUACAGAAGAGCUUCAAAAACAUUUUUCCAAGAAAAGUGCUGUCUACAAUAUUUAUCCAUUUUAAACACUAUUUUGGUACACUUCUGGUAUAUGCAUGGGAUUGCAGAUUUCAUGAAGUUGCCCAUCUCAGUCUAACUAAAGCAACUGAGCCAAUGCAUCGCCAAUUCUAAAGAUUUGGGCCAAACGUAACAUUAACAUGAUGAGAAUAUAUAUAUAUAUAUAUAUAUAUAUAUAUAUAUAUAUAUAUAUAUAUAUAUAUAUAUAUAUAUAUAUAUAUAUAUAUAUAUAUAAAUAAAACAUGCCAAUCAUCUAAUAACAUUCAGUACUCUAAUGGAAUCACUGGACCAGAGGAACAGCCAUAGACAAAAUGUGAUCUUUUUGACAUUGAGUUUACUCUUGCAAACAGGGUCAUGCAGUAUUUUCCAAAGGAGAGUGGUGUGCCCUGUCAAAUGAGAGUAGAUUUCUUUGGAAUCUCUUAGCAUCCUUGUUUUAAUGAGCCUUUGAAAAAGUGUGAAAACAACAGGAUAAAUAAUAUUCAAAGAAGGUGGUACAUCUCUGUACAGUGCAUUUACCAGUAUUUCAACCAUUUUCUUUUGAUGGUCAUUGUCUCAUUUUUCCUGCUUCAACAUUACCAUAGCAAUCCAUAUAUAACCUGUAUUAAAAUGUAUAGAUUGUGAAAAACUGAAUGUUGGAGAGAUUACAAAAGUUGUUAUGGCUAUUCAUAACAAAAACACUUACAACAAGUGAAUUAAAAAAUAUAAAAAUUAUGAACACUUAAGGGGACAAAUGUAAUGUUUUGUUUGUAAUUACUCCUUUUGUUGGCAGGGGGUUACUGGACAAAUAAAUCAACUGUAAUAAAGUAAUUUUAGUAUA